CCUUAGCCGGUGUUGAUGCUCACCACUCGGCCAGGCCAGGCUGUGCAGCGGAGGCUGAGUUGCAUCCGCAUCCAUGGCUCCUCUGCAUGAGAACGCCACGGGAAGAGGGAGAGAAGAGGGAAGGAUGAGCUUGUAAAUCAGAUGCUCGGCUAGCUCUUAGCACUCGAGUGCGAGUGUGUGUGUGUGUGUGUGUGCGGGACCUUUACAUCCCAGCCUCUGGCGACUCUUUUCCUGCUCGGAAUCAAGCUUCGGUGUCACCGCGGAUGUCACUCUGACACAUGAACACCGCCGCCUGUCAUGAGCGAGCCGGAGAGCGGCGCGUAGGAUGGCUCAGUACAAGGACGUCUCUGCCAGGAAGACCUCGCUGAAUCUGGUCACGGGCUUUUUCCAGUAUCUGCGAGAUGAGCAAGAGGCGGUGCAGAAGAGAACAUUCACCAAAUGGAUCAAUUCUCACUUAGCAAAGCAUAAACCACCGCUUGAGGUCAACGACCUUUUUGAGGACAUUAAAGAUGGGGUGAAGCUCCUGGCGCUGUUGGAAGUGUUGUCGGGUCAAAGGCUCCCUUCAGAGCAAGGCCGCCAGAUCAAGAGGAUCCACUGGGUCUCCAACAUCGGCACUGCGCUCAAAUUCCUCGAGGGCAGGAAGAUCAAACUGGUGAACAUUCAUGCCACCGACAUUGCAGAUGGCCGACCGUCUAUCGUUCUCGGGCUGAUAUGGACCAUCAUCCUCUAUUUCCAGAUUGAGGAGCUGACCAGCAACCUUCCAGCCCUCCAAGCCUUGUCCAACAGCAACUCUUCGGUGGAGAGCUCCGAAACAGGAAGUCCUCCCAUGAAGAGAAAAGUGGUCAAGUUUCAGGGUAAUGCCAAGAAGGCCCUGCUCCGAUGGGUCCAGUGCACCGCUGCCAAGCAUCACGGCAUCGAGGUGAAGGACUUUGGUCCCAGCUGGCGUGAUGGCGUCGCAUUUCAGUCGGUGGUGCACGCCAUCCGGCCCGACCUAGUGGACAUGCAGGUGGUGCACAGGAGGAGCAAUAAGGAGAAUUUGGAGGAGGCUUUCGUUCUAGCGGAAAACGAGCUCGGCAUCCCUCGUCUCUUGGAUCCAGAAGACGUCGAUGUGGACAAGCCCGACGAGAAAUCCAUCAUGACAUACGUGGCUCAGUUCCUCAAGCACUACCCGAACCCUCACCACUCGGGAAGUGACGGACAGCACGAUGAGCUGCGUCUGGGCUCCAUCCCGACCUUUGCACUGUCGGUGCCUGUGCUUCAGUUUGCACCCCAAGACAUUGAGCAAAUGCUGGAGAGAGAGGAGUGCAAGAUGCUGAGAGAGCUGAAGGUGUUUUUGGACCAGUUGGAGAGAGAUGUGCUGAGAGCCCAGGCGGCCGAGGGGAGUCUCACAGACAAGUAUCAGGCCUUUAAAAGCUUCCGUGUGCAGUACGAGAUGAAGAAAAAGCAAACGGAUCCGCUGCUGCAGCCGGUCCACAAGGACGGGAAGCUGUCUGUGGACCAGGCUCUGGUCAAGCAGGCGUGGGACCGCCUGUCUAUCAGGCUGCUGGACUGGCACAUCCAUCUGGACAAAUCCCUGCCGGGUCCGCUGGGGGUGAUCGGGGCCUGGCUGCACAGAGCCGAGAUGGCCCUGAGGGAGGACAUCCCCACCCAGCAUGCUCACGAGGAUACGGCCAACGUUCUCCACAGGAAACUGGAGCAGCACAAGGAGGUGUUAAAAAACCUGGAGUCACACAGGCAACCCUUCCAGCAGAUCCACCGGGACAGAUCGGUCAACGGCGUCCCGGUUCCGCCGGAGCAGCUCCAAGAUAUGGCCGAACGCUUCAAUUUUGUGUCCACGACGUCGCAUGGCCACUUGAUCAAACUGGAAUUCUGGGAAAUGAAAUACCGCGUCAUGGCUUUCCUUCUGUUGGCCGAGUCCAGACUCAAGUCCUGGAUUGUUAAAUACGGCAGAAGAGACUCGGUAGAGGUUCUGCUACAGAGUUACCUGACGUUCAUUGAAGGCCACAGGUUCUUCGACCAGUACGAGGUCCUCUUCUCGGCGCUCAAGCAAGCGGCGGACGUCUAUGUGAAGUCCGACAGUACAAGUACGGUUGACGAAGCGGAGGGCGUGACCAAAUUUCUCUGCGACGCCACGACUCAGUGGAAGAACCUGGCGCUGGAGGUGCGCAGCGUCCGCAGCAUGCUGGAGGAGGUCAUCUCCAACUGGGAGAAAUACAGCGGCACAGUGGCCGCGCUGCAGGCGUGGCUGGAGGACGCCGAGCACAUGCUCAACCAGUCCGAGGGCGCCAAGCGUGAGUUCUUCCGCAACCUGUCCCACUGGAUCCAGCAGCAUAUGGACAUGAACGACGCCGGCAACUUCCUCAUUGAAACCUGCGAUGAUGCCGUGUCCCGAGACCUCAAGCAGCAGCUUCUGCUCCUGAACGGGAGAUGGCGGGAGCUCUUUGUCAAAGUCAAAUAUUAUGCAAGAGCGGACGAGGUGGACAGGCUGAGGCAAGACUACCAUGACGGCAUCAACACUUUGAAAAUGUUCAUGGAUGCCACCGACCGGAAGAUGAACGCUCCUGUCCAAGUGUCCUUCCUGAACGUGCGCACAUUUGUUCAGGACGUGGAGGAAAUCAAACACAAAGUUCCUGCCAUGGAAGCGGCCUCCAAGGCGGCGGCUCGCACGGCCCAGCUGCUGAGCAAAGACACGGCACCCGAGGAGGUGGCUCAGAUGACGGCGGUGAUGGCCUCCAUUAAAGAGCAGCUGAGCAAGGUUAGAGAGCGAUGUCUGCCUCUGCUGAAGGAGUCUCAGUCCCUCUUGGCGCCGCUCGAAGAAAUGGAGAAAAACAUCACAGGCUUCUACCAGGCUUUGGAGAAGGCCAGCCAUGUGACCGGCGGCACAGACUCAGAAGGACCCGUGGACUUCAAACAGAAGUGCCAGGAGCUGGCGGCCGCCACACAAAGCUGCAAGAAGUGUCUCGUCGUCAUUGAAAGGAAUCACCAGACCAUCCUGAAGCUCACGGACGCCAGUAAAACCUUGCAGCACAUGGACAUGAGUCUCCUGCAGAAGAGAGUAGCUGACCUCCAAAGCUCCUCACAGUCCAUGUUUAAGGAAGCCACGGAGUGGAGGAAGCGAAUGGAGGCAAACAGCAGCCUCAUGAAGCGCUUUGACGAGUCACGCUCGGAUCUGGAGAAGGUUCUUAAAAUGGCGGAAGACUGUCUGACGGAGCAAGGCGACCCGGAAGAGCUGCUGAAAAAACACACGGAGUUCUUCGCUCAGCUGGACCAGCGAAUCUUGAACGCCUUCCUCAAAGCUUGCGACGAGCUCACCGACAUUCUGCCCGACCAGGAGCAGCAGUCGCUGCAGGAAACUGUCCGAAAACUUCACAAAGACUGGAAGGACGUCCAGACCGACGCUCCCUUCCACCUCCUCCGCCUCAAAGUGGAGGCUGAGAGGAGCAAGCUGGUGCUGCUGCUGCAGGAAUGCCAGGCUGAGGUGACCCGGGAGAACCGCCACAUGGCCAGCGUGGGCAGUGAGAGGCUUGUCAAGGAGCACCGGGCCUUCUUCAGGGAAAAGGGUCCUCAGUCCCUGUGUGAGAAGAGGCUACAACUGAUGGAGGAACUUUGCCAGAAGCUCCCUGAGGACAACUCUGCUCACCAGACGCUGGACAAAUCCAGGAAGGAGUACCUGGAGGUCAGCGAGGAGGUUGAAAACACCCAUCAGAAGCUAAUGCAGCACCCGGACAAAUGGAAGGACUACAGUGCAAGAUAUGCCGAGCUGUCCUGUUGGCUGAUAUCCAAAGAAAGCCAACUUCGCCUGCUGAGAAACCGGGCGGGCGACCCGAGAAAGUACAGCCAGGUGAAGACCACCAUCACGGAGCUCAGGAAUGACGCCGAGCUGCAGGAGGGCAACCUCAGCUGGCUGAAAGCCCGCAUGGCGGCUCUGAUUGAGAUCUGCGCCAACAGCGACGCCGAGAGGCAAAGUGGAGCCCUGAAUAAACUCUCCACUGACUUUAAAGGUCUUUUGACAUCACUCAUAGAGGCCGAGAAGAUGGUCCUGGCUGUAGGUGACUGUGUACAGUUUAGAGAAGAAGUCCAGACCACUUUGGAUGAUCUCCUCCGCGCUCAGAAAGACGCUCAGACCGAGGUCUCCAGAAUUCUGGAUUGUCCCACCGUGAGAGAGGCCCAGCAGCUGCUUCUGGUUCACCAGCAACUUCUGAAAAGGCUGAAACUGAAGAGGAAGGACGUUCAGCAGCUGAUCAGCAGGGGCCAGCAGCUGCAAGCGGAGGAGGGUCUGGGCGAGACGCUGCAGCAGGACCUGCAGAGUCUGGAAAACACGCUCAGUAAAAUGGAGCAAAAUAUGGACUCUCAGGAGCAAAGCCUGGAGGUGACACUGGCGGCGUGGCAGGAGUUUGACAGCCAGCAGGAGGCAGUACGCCAGUUUGUCAGCAGGGCCCGCUCCACGACGGAGCGAGAUCUGAACUUCAGCAGCCCGGAGAGCCUGAUGGUAGAACUUGACCAAGCCAGAGUGCUGCUGAAGCAGUGUGAAGCCGAGGCCUCGCAUAUGACCACUUUGCUAAAGAGAGCGAUGGAGAUCCAGCUUGGCCCGAAGAACAAGACUCUGCUCCUUCGGCAGGCUCGUUGUCUCAGCGAGGAGGUGGACAAAGUGGAAGCUGGUCUGAAGAAGGAGGUCAAAACUGUGGAGGAGAUGAAGAUCAAGUGGGAUCGAUUCGGAGCUGACUUUGAAGCUUUUUCUUCAUGGAUAUCUGCCAAGGAGAAGCAACUGGACUCGUUGAAGGGCUCCAGUUUGCCUCUCGAGCGACAGAUGGAAACAGUGAAGGCUGUGGAGGCCGAGCUACAGGAGCGCGUUCAAGUUCUUUCCGGGCUGGACGCCGACUCCCAGGAUGUGGCCCACUUCGUCUCUUCAGGGGAGGCGGCCCGCAUCAAGGCCCGCCUAACCCAAAUUGGCCGCUACUGGGAUGAGCUGAGGGAGAGCGUGCAGCACCUCGACGGGCAGCUGCGUGAAAGCUCCUCCCACCAGAUGAAGUUCUCUCAGAGCCUACAAGAGGUGAAAGCAUCGCUCUGUGAGCUACACUCCCAACUGGAACGUCCAAUCAAAACGUGCGGGUCCUCAUCGGAUACUUACCGAGAACUUCAAAACCACAUGGAUGCGGCUCAACAACUGGAGAGGCUGAGGGGAGCCUUGCUGUCUCUGUCAGCCGGCACCCGCAGACUCAGCGAUAGAGACCAAGUGGAGGCGGCCGUGAAGGAGCUGAGUAGCAACUUUGAGCAAAGCACUCAGGAAGCAAAACUCAAACAGAGCACACUGGAGACCCUGCUGAGUGUUUGGCAAAGGUUUGAGAAACAGCGUGCCAACUUCAUUUCCUGCCUGGAGAGGAGCGAAUGUGCCAUCCAAUCAGAGAGUCACUGUCUGUCGGCUGACAAAGCUAAACUCUGUAAUGAGCUGCAGGACCUACAGGCCCUGCGCUCUGAGGUCCAGACCCUCGCGUCCUCUCACGCGGAGCUGGUUUCGCUCGGGACGUCGCUUUAUCCCAGUGCCCCAGAUGAGAGCCAUCUCAUGGAAGACCUUGACGCCCUGCAGGGGAGGCUGCAUGUUCAGAAUGAAGCCCUCCCAAGAAGAAUCCAGGAGCUCCAGAACCACCUCUCCCUAGUGGAGCAGUUUGACCGAGACCUCCUGAAAUUCUCCCAGUGGAGUGAAUCGAUGCUUUCGAGCCUUCAUUCUGUUUUUCAAAUCAGCACCAGCAACCUGGAGGCCGCCAUGACACAAGUCAAGGAGAACCAGGAAGCCCUGGAGAAACAGGCCGCCGUCAGGCAAAGCUUGGAGCAUCAGGCGGAGAGCCUCAGUCGUUCCUCCGAGCCCGCUGACGCACAGCUCCUACGCGGUCGAGCAGACAGCUGCGUCCAACCCUACCUGGAGGCGCAGCACGUAGUCCAGCUGCAAUUUGAGUGUCUGGAAAGGCUGGAGAACUUCUUGAAUACACACAGCGCAACCGCCGGCGUGCUACAGGGUCUCCGUCAGACCGUGGAGAGUGCCGGGAGCUGGGACCGAGGCAGAGUGGAGGAGCUGCAGGAGCAGCUCUCCGGCAUCGUCCCAGACGUCUGCCGCCUGGAGAUGCAGGCCGUCGAUCUGGACAGCGGCCUCUGCAAAAGUCACCUGCACAUCGGCGCCCAGGCGGGGGCUCGCAAGUCAUGCCGCGUGCUUGCCGACUCGCUCAGCGCAGAGCUGGACACCGUCAGGAACCUGCUGGGGACCAAGCAGAGUGAAGCGGAGGCCUUGGGGGCUCUGUGGACGUCCUUUCGACAGCGCAAAGAGCAGCUCCUCAAGGCUGUGGAGGACAUUGAAGAAAAAGCAGACCAGCAGAACUUUAAGGAACCAAGCCUUCUGUCCCUACAGCAAAGGCUGCGCUUCUUCAAUCAGCUGGAGGAUGAGCUGCAGUCCCACCAACACGAGGAGCAGUGGCUGAGGGACAAGGCAAACCAGCUGGCCCAGAAAGACGCAGAGUUAGCCGGGGAGGCUCUGAGGGAAAUCAGCCUGCUGGGAAAGACGUGGGAGGACACUAAGAAGCUCAUUGCCGAGAGGCAGGAGCAAUGCAAUGUUCUCGCCGAGCUGAUGAGGGACUACCAGAUGCUGAAAACCUCCGUGGGGAGCGUGAUGGAGAGCGCCGAACCCCUCGCGGAUAUCACUUCUGCUCUGAAGGACCACGAGGAAACCAAGAGAUCAAUAAGCAAGCAUGAAGCCGUGAAGAAGGAGAUGGCCGACAAGCAGCACGAGCUCGACCGCUUGUCCUGCAAAGGAAAACAGUUGGUGGUGGAACUGAAGAAGGUGCCAGAGUGUGACUCCCAAAUAGUGAAGAAGGACAUGGAGACGUUGGUGGACCAGUGGUUGGAUGUGUCCGAGAGCUUGGACGACAACCUCCAACGCCUGAACCGGAGUCUGGUGUUGUGGGAGGAUGUGUGUCAGAUUGCCGAAGACAUCGACUGCUGGACCGGCAGCUGCGUGUCGGAACUGAACGAAAGCCUCAACAAUCUCAAUGACAGUCAGAAGCUGUCAAUCAGACUUUCUGCGCUACAGGAACAAAUAGCCGAGAAGGAGGUCAAGCUGGAAAACCUGCAGACCAAACUCUCAGAGCUGAAGAGGAGCACCCAAAGUCAGGAGACUCCUCCUAAAGUUCAGUUGCUGGAGAACGACCUGAGGAAGAAGAUCGAUUCUGUUCAGAAGCUGCACCAGCAAGCCAGGGGGAACCUGAUGGACUUCAGCUCCCAGAAGAAACUUCUAGAAGACUACAUUUCACAGAUGUCGGCUUGGCUGAAGAGCAUGGAGGACUCCUUGGUGUCGUCUCCGACUGGUUCAGAGCCUGAGGACAUCUGCAGAGUGAAGGAGCUUCAGAAAGAGCUGCAAAACCAGCAGGGAAGCAUCGAUUCCACAAGAGAAAGCCUGAACAACUUGUGUAGGAAAUACCCCUCGGAGGAACUGUCCAGCUUGGGCUCCGCUCUCACCGAGCUCAUCAAGACCUACGAGUCUGUGAACCAGGUCUCGUCCAGGACUUUAGCCUCACUGCAGAACUGUCUGCAGCAGCAGUUCAACGAUUUAGUUCAGGAGUUCCAUCGCUGGCUUGUAGAGCAGAGGGAGAUUGUGAAGGAAUGUUCCGACCGAUCUGGGGACACUCAUGUCGUCGAUCGCAAAUUACAGAAACUAAAGGGUGCCAUGCAGCGCGUGGAGGAAGGUGAAGCACAUCUCACGCAGGUCUGCGAGGAAGGAGAGAAACUGCUGCUCCAUCUUCCCAAGGCCAACGCCGGCCAGGUCCAGCAGCACUUGUCCUCCAUCCAGCAGGACUGGGACAGCUUUGUGGAGCAGUGCAGACAGAACCAGCAGAUCCUGGAGGACAGCGCAUCCCUCAUGAAAGGCUUUGAAGGUCGCCUUAAGAAGCUGCGGUGGUGGCUGGAGCACAUGGAGAAGAGGAUGACCACAGAUCUGCUUGAAGCCAAUCAACGUGGUUCUGAGAAGGCUUUGCUGGAGCAAGUGGAGGAAUAUCAGCAGGAAGCCCUCAAAGAAAGGGAUUCCUUUGAGCGUUUGUGCCAGGAGGCCCAGGCGCUCAACGAGGGCGGGCGAGGCGACGGCAGCGAGACGCGAGUGUCCGCUCAACUCCAGUCGCAGCACCAGGCUUCGCUGCGACGCGUGCGGGAGAGGCUGCGCAGCUGUCAGCUGACUUUGCAGGAGGAGCAGGCCUUUGAGGAGACGCUGCAGGCCACAUGGACCUGGCUGAACGGCGUCCAGGAGCGCUUGGCUUCGCUCAACAGCACGCUCGGAAAUAAGGAGACGCUGGAGAAAAGGCUGCUUCUUGUACAGGAUAUUUUGCUGAUGAAGGGUGAGGGCGAGGUGAAGCUCAACAUGACGGUGGGGAAAGGAGAGCAGGUCCUCAAACACAACAGAAUGGAAGGACAGGAAGCCAUCUGCUCACGGCUUCAGAGCUUGAAGGACGCCUGGGCCAACAUGCUCAUUACGUCCAUGAGUUGCCACAGUCGACUGGAGUGGACGGUGGCCCAGUGGAGCAGCUACCAGGAGACCAAGAACCAGAUCCAGCAGUGGAUGGAGUCCGUGGAGCAGGAGGUGGGCAUGACUCUGCCGCAGCAGCCCGGCCUCAAGGAAAAAUCCACCCUGCUGGAGCGACUCCGGACCAUUCAGGCUGACGUGGAUGUUCAUGCUGCGGCGCUGUCCCGUCUCACGGACAAGGCUGUGGAGCUGUAUGAGAAAUGCGCUGACCAGGCAUUUGGACCGGAAUCCAGGGCAGAGCUCAACGCGCAUUUUGCCGAUAUAUCAGCCGUAGUCAAGGGUAAAAUACAGUCCAUGCAAACCAUCGUGUCGGAACACGAGCAGUACCUGGAUUCCGUUCGAGACUUCAAUGACUGGCUGAUAUCAGCCAAGGAGGAACUCCAGCGAUGGUCCGACCUAUCAGGAGACUCCGCCUCCAUUAAAAGAAAGCUCUCCAAAGUCCAGGAGCUGCUCGAGUCUAAGCAGCGAGGCCGAGAAAGACUCAGCCGGGUCCAGAGAUGCGGAGCGGCAGCACGAGACCACACGGGCGCAGGAGGCUACGAGGCUAUCGAGCGCGAGGAAGCGUCCCUCUUGUCCGGCUGGGAACAGUGGGAACGCGGGGCGCUUCAGACGCGGGCCAAUCUGGAGACCGCCCUCUCUCAGAUGACCAGCUCGGAGCAGGAGUUCAGCAGUCUGUCCGCACAGCUGGAGCAAGACGUGCAGGAUUUGAGCGCUCGGCUGCAAGACUGGCGUCUCAGACUUCGUCAGGCUGAGGGCAAAGCUGACGGAGAGGAGGGCGUCAAAGGUUGGCAGAUCGCAAAGGAUACUCUGGAGGAGCUGGUCAAAGCCGAGCCCAUGUGCGAUGCCGCGAAAGGUCAGCUCAAUGAUCUGUGCCGCUUCUCCAGAGACAUGGCCAGUCAGUCUGACAGAGUGUCUGCCCUCAUCAAGGAGUACAACAGUCUGAGUCUCCGAGCUGCCAGGGAGUGUCAGAGCAAAGAGAAGCUGCAGGAGCAGGCCUUCUGCUCGGCCUACAGGGACUUCCAGCAGUGGCUGGUCAAUGCCAAGAUCAACACGGCCAAAUGCUUCGACGCGCCCCAAAAUCUCUCCGAGGCUUCAUCCAGCUUGCAGAAGAUUCAGGAGUUCCUAAGCGACAGGGAACAUGGGCAGUCCAAGCUCAACGCCGUGGUCUUCAACGGCGAGCUUCUCUCCGCCAUGGCAUCCAAAGAUCGAGUGGAUUCAGUUCGGACAAAGAGCAACAACGCUCGAGAGGACUGGAAAAACAUCAUGUCCAAUCUUCACAGCAGAGAGAUCAACCUCCAAAACCUGGUGUCUCAGAUGAAGGACUUUGAAGCGAGCGCCGAGCCUCUCCAGGAGUGCCUGAACGCCACAGAGUCGGCCGUGCAAGAGAGCAGCACGCGGCUUCAUGACCUCGCAGCCAAGAAGAUGGAGCUCCACAAACUUCAGUCUGUGCUGGAGGAGCUAGCCUCCCACCAAGUCCAGCUGAGCAGGCUGAAAGAGAAGGCCCAGCGGCUGUCGGACGAGCACGCCGCCGGCAAGGGUUUUGUGCACCGUGUCUCUCAGCUCUCUGCUCAAUUCCUUGCUUUAACCAACCUCACCAAGGAGAAGGCGUCCAGGAUUGAGCGUAUCGUGACGGAGCACCAGCUUUUCACCCACGGUCUGAAGGAGCUGCAGAACUGGGUGGCAGACACCGGCCACAUGCUGCACACGUACUGCGCCCCGACUGCUGACAAGAACGUCCUGGAUAGUCGCAUGAUCAAGCUGGAGGCCUUGCUGACGGCCCGCCAGGAGAAGGAGAUCCAACUGAAGAUGCUGAUCACCAGAGGGGAAGCGGUUCAGAGAAACACCUCGGCAAACGGCGUGGCCGUGGUCCAGGAGCAGAUACAGGAGCUGAAGGACUCGUGGGAUGGUCUGCUCAGUGCCUGCAUUCAGUGCAAAAGCCAACUGGAAGGUUCUCUGUCCCAGUGGACCAGUUACCAGGAGGACGUGCAGCAGUUUGUGAGCUGGCUGGAGCACGUGGAGGAGAACCUGGACCCGGCCGAUAAGCAGUGCCCCGAGAUGCGAGACAAAACCGCUAACGUCAGCAGAGCCAAGCUGCUGUACGAGGAAGUGCUCAGCCACGACGCCUUGCUGGCCACCAUCAUGGCGAAGAGCGCCAGCAUAGCUGAGAACUACGUGACUCAGCUGGAGCUCCAGGAUCUGCAAGAUCGCUACGGCGCCAUCAAAGACAGCGCCGCGGGGGCUGUCGGCAAAGUGGAGGAGGUGGUAAAAGCCCACCAGGAGUACCAGCAGGGCCUCCAUGCCUUUGAGGACUGGCUGGUACAAGAGAAGGAGAAGCUGGGCUGCUACUCGCCGCUGGAGGGCGACGCCGACACGCUGGAGGAGACGCUCCAGAAGCUGCAGGAGCUCCAGCUGCGCUGCACCGAGGGCCAGGCUCUGCUGAACACCUCGCUGGUCGCCCGAGAGCUUGUCACCCCGUGGGGGCUGCCUCAAACGGAAGACCGAGCGCUGGAGAGCUUGCAGCAGGAGUGGAGGAUCUACCAGGCUUGUUUGGCCGACGCCAGGGCGCAGCUCAACAGCGCCUUGGCCAAACUCCGACAGAUGGAGCAGAAGUUCCAGCGUCUGGACAGCUGGCUGAAGGGCAUGGAGACCAAAGCGCAACUGCGAAGCCACCGCCGCUCAGACCGCGCCACCAAAGACGCUCAGCUCCAGCUGAUCAAAACGUGGCAAGAGGAGGUGCUGGUUUAUCAAGACGAGAUGGAAGGCCUCGGCGUUUUGGCUCAGCAGGUUCUCGACGAGACGCACGUCAGCAGCCGCAUCAGCGGCAGAGCCACCCAGAUCACGGCCCGCUACCAUGCCUUGCUCCUCCACUUGCUGGAGACCAUCAAACAGCUGCAGGAGGAGGUGUCCUGCAUCGAGGAGGCCCAGUGUGUCUUCGGCACCUUCUCGGACUGGCUCAGCGCAGCUCAGAACAGCCUCCGCUCUCUGGCAACCGGCAGCGACGCCGUGGACCGCUUUGCCAUGGAGAGAAAGCUAAAGAACAUCGAGGCUCUGCAAGCCGACGUGGAGCUGGGUCACGGCAACCUGAAGACGGUGAGAGAGAAGACUGAGCGAGCUCUGGUCUUUCUGGAGGAAGCCGAAGCGGAGCAGAUGAGGCAGGACGUGGACAACCAGCUGGCCCGACUGGAGGAUCUUCUGGCAGCCCUGCGCUUGGAGCAGAGCUCUCUGGAGAAGUGCAUCUCGCUCUGCAAAGACUUUAUGGAUAAAUACAAAGCUCAAGCUCAGUGGAUGCUGGAGACCAAGAGUCUGUUGGCGCCUAGCGUGGAGCCCAAAGCCGAGCUCUACCAGAAGAAGGCCCAGCUUGCAAAGUACAAGACCAUCCAGCAGGUGGUGCAGUCUCACGAGUCGGCUGUGAAAUCAGUGCUGGAGAAAGGCGAAGCCCUGCUAGAUAUGGUCCACAACCCCGUUAUUAACAACAACAUGAACACGCUGAAGGCCGACUUCCUGGAGCUCUGCUUGCUGGCGAAGACGCAGGUCCAGAACCUCCUUGAGUGGGUGAAGGAGCACGAGGACUACAACGGUGAACUGCAGGAGGUGGAGAAAUGGCUCCUGCAGAUGUCCAGUCGGCUCGUCUCCUCGGAAUCCAUGCAGACCGGCAGCAUGGAGAUGGCCACCCAGCAACUCGCACGCCACAAGGCCAUAAUGGAGGAAAUUGCCGCUUUUGAGGAACGUCUCGCAAGCCUGAAGCGCAAGGGAGAUGAUCUGGUCGCCGGCUGCACCGACCAAGUCCAGGCGAAGAUCAGCCAGCAGGUCCAAGCCCACCAGCAGGGAACCGGGGACAGCUACUCGGCCAUAUGCAGCACAGCCCAACGCGUGCACCAAAGUCUGGAUCGAGAGUUGCAGAAGCACGUCAACCACCAGGAUACUCUGCAACAAUGCCAGACGUGGCUCGCCGCGGUUCAGGAGGAACUCCGGCUAAACCAGCAUGCCCCUUCUGGUCUGCAGGAGGCGCUUAAACAGGUGAAGCACUACCGGGCUCUCCAGGAACAGGCCAGCACCUACUUAGACCUGGUCUGCUCAGUGUGCGACCUGUCUGACGACACCGUGAGAGUGACGGCCGCCGAAGUCCAGAGAGUCAAGCUCACUAUCGAGGAGAGAAUGUCGAGCGCUCAGGAGCUUUCAGAGGGCUGGAGGGAGAUCAAGGAGCAGAAGCAAGAUAUGACAAGCUUGUUCCAAGAUAUGGAACAGCAGCUCCUCACUCUGUCCAGAAGACCUGCAGAGUUAGAGACCAAGAUAGCUCAAAACAUGUUGUCCCAAGCCAAGGAAUGCAGCCAGCAGCUCCAGUCCAAGCAAAGCGUCCUAACCAAGAUGACGGAGAAAGUCAGCAAACUGUCCCCAAGCCAGGACUCCCCAGAGCAUGCAGAGCUGGACCGUCUGAGCCACUCCUGGCUGGACCUCUGCCACCAGGCCAGAAGGCUGCAGAGUCAGCGGCAGGAGGAUCUGCAGAGGUCCAAAGAGUACCACGACUGCAUCGCUGCAGUGGAGAUGCUGUUUGAGCACGUGUCCAAAGAGUGGGACAAUCUAGCCAGAACCGAUGCUGAAAGUUCCUCUCAACACUUGGAGGCUUUACGCAAACUGUCACUAGAACUUGAAGGUCAAAAGGGUACACUGGAGGACCUGAAGGACCAGAAACAAAAAGUCAUCGAGCGCUUGAACCUGGACGACAAGGAGCUGGUCAAAGAGCAGAUCAGCCAUUUUGAGCAGCGCUGGUCUCAGAUGCAAAACCUCAUCGAGAGGAAAAUCCAGGACUCGGUGGUGACCCUGGAGGAGAUGGGCCAGGUGGAGGCUCGUCUCAGGGAAGCUCGGGAUUGGGCCGAGGAGCAGCAGCCCGCCUUGUCGGAGGCCAUGAAGAUGAGUCCCCCUCCGGAGCUGGCUCAGAGUUUCCUCUUCGACCACUUGAGUAUCUGCAGCGAGUUGGAGGCCAAGCAGCUGCUGCUGGCCCAAGCCGUCACCGACGCCGACAGGGUCCUGGCCCGCUUGGGUCUGAGCGAACGUCAUCGCCUGCAGCAGCUCAUCUCCCACUCACAAUCCGAGGUGGAAUCCUUGAGCGUCAAAGUGGCGCAGCGCCGAAAGCACCUCAGCAAGGCUUUCACCGAGAGGACUCAGUUCCUGAUGGCCGUGAACCAGUCCAUCUCCUGGGUCCAGCAGAACGAGAAGAAGGCCCAAGCCGAGGAGUAUGUCGCUUUGCUACCAGACGACCUCGCCAAGCAGGUGCGCACAUGCCGCAACAUCCAGAGCAGCUUGAAAGCCUACCAGAGCGAGUUGACGUCCUUGUGGUCGCAAGGGCGCGACCUGAUGAGGGACGCCAACGAGGACGAGAGGAACGAGAUCCUCGGCAAGCUGCAGGAGUUGCAGAACAUCUUCGAUAAGACUCUGCACAGGUGUGGCCAGAAACUGCAGGAACUGGAGAAGGUGCUUGUCUCCAGGAAGUACUUCAAGAACGAUCUGGAGAAAAUAUGCCAGUGGAUCAAACAAGCGGACAUCGUCACCUUUCCGGAAAUUAACCUCAUGGUUGGCGACGCUGAAUUAGAGGCGCAGCUCUUGAAGUACCAGCAGAUAGUCGAACAGGCGGUGGAGUACGAGAACCUUCUCUUGAUCGUGCAACGAGCAGGCCAGGAGAUUCUACCCACUCUGAACGAAGUGGACCACUGCUACCUGGAUGAAAAACUGAACACCCUCCCCCAGCAGUACAACAACAUACUAGCACUGGCCAAAGAGAAACGGGAGAAAAUCCAGCAGGCCAUCUUCACCAGGAACGAGUACACCUCUUUCAUAGACGUCACUCAGAAAGCUCUGGAGGAGCUCGAGGAGCAGUUCAACCAUCUGGGAACGCAGCCAGUGGGCUCAGAAACCGAAGAGGUCCUCGGCCUGCAGAGCGACUACAAAGCCAUCCAAGUGGAUCUGAGCGGUCUGGGCCUCGCCGUGAGCGAACUCAACCAGAAGAAGGAAGGCUUCCGCAGCACCGGGCAACCGUGGUGCCCCGAGGAAAUGACGCAGCUCACGAGCCUCUACAACGGCCUGAAGAGGUUGCUUGAACAGAAAGUGGAGCAUCUGGAUGAAACCUUGGAGUCGUUCGAGGACCAGAAGGCGAUGGCCAUGCAGGUGGACUCCGAGUUAAAGGCCACCAAGGAGCAGCUGGUGAAGGUCAACGCCGAGACCCAGUCGGCCGAGGAGAGGCUGAAGAACUACCACGCUCUUGCGGGGAGCCUUCAGAGCGCCAACUCGCACUUGUCCAGGCUCAUGGAGCAGAUGGACUCCCUGGCGCCGCGUGUGGACCAAACGGCCCACAACACCUCAAAGGAGCAAGUGGUCCUGUGGCAGGAGGAGCUGCGAUCCUUGCAGGCCGCCGUCGGGGACCUGAUCGAGGAGUGCGAGAACCGCUUUGUUCAGAGCAAAGACUUCGAGACAGAGAUGCAGAGGACGCUGGCCUGGCUCCAGCAGGUGCGGGCGGAUCUGGGGUCUGCCGUGACGGUGGACAUGCGGGUGGAGAGGGUGCAGGAGGAAAUCAGAAAGCAGCAGAUAAUGCAGGAGGAGGUUCAGUCCAGACUCAGGAUUGUGGCCGCCCUGAGCAGCAGGGAGAAACAGAAGUACACCAGCGCCAACGAGCUGGUACCGACCCAUGUGGACACCAGCCUGGAAGAAAUGGCCAAACUGCAGGCAGACGUUCAGAAGCAACUCAGUUCCAGACAGGUCACCUUGGAGCACGCCCUGCUGCUGUGCCAGAAGUACCACUUCAGGAUGCAGGCGGCGUGCGAAUGGCUGGAGGACGCCGUGUCCUUCCUGCAGGAGGCCAGCCUGGGCGUGGACGUGGAGAACUACGAGGAGUGUCUGCGGCAGCAGGGCGGCAUCAUGGCCACCGAGCAGGAGUUCCUCAUCCACCUGGAGGAGCUGGAGACUUUCCUGCCCCAGCUGGAGAACCUGGUCAACCCCACGGCCAAAGGCCAGCUGCGGGUGAGCGUCGACUCGGCCAAGCAGAGGGGCCUGGAGGUCCGGGAUCAGCUGCAAUGUCAUCAAGAUGUCCUUCAAAGCUGCGUGGCUCAGUGGAAGUCCUACCAGGAGGCCAGGCAGACCGUCAUCGAGAUUAUGAACGAAGCUGAGAAGAAGCUGACGCAGUUUUCCACCGCCAAAGCGGCAACAAGCCAAGAAGCCGAGGACAAGCUACGCAGCCACCAGACCCUGGUCUCACUCGUCAACGGCUUCCAAGAGAAGCUGAGCGGUCUGGAGGAGCAGGCGGCUCAGCUGGAGCAGGUGGGCAGCGAUGCCAGCAAGGCCACCAUCAGCCGUUCCAUGACCACAGUGUGGCAGCGAUGGACCCGACUCCGCAGCGUCGCUCGCGGGCAGGAGCGAGUUCUGGAGGACACGGCGCAGGAGUGGAGGACAUUCAGGGAGAAGAUGGUGAAGGUGAGGGCGGUGGCCGACGAGCUCCGAGGCCGGGUGCCGGACAGCGCGGUGGAGAAGGCCUCCAAGGCCACCCUGCAGUCCCUGCUGGAGCAGCAUGACUUGCUGAGCCAAGACUUGGAGCGAGAGCUGUCGUCGCUCACGCUGCUGCGCCAGUACGCCCUCAGCUUGCUGCACGACGUGGAGGUGCCUUCGCCCACCAACGAGCAGGACGAGCUGCCCAGCCUGAAGGAGAUCAGAGCUGCGCAGGACCAAAUGGAGAGUCUCCUGACUCAGUCCAGGACCAAGCGAGCUCAGGCAGCUAUGGAGCUGAGGGACAGAGAAGAAGUGGCACGAGAACUCAGCGUUGUGAAGGCAUGGAUUCAGGAGACCAGGGAGCUUCUCUACAACCCCACACCGGACAUUGAUGCUCUGCUUCAGGAACUGGAGGUGGUCCAUGGAGAUGUGAUCACGUACCGUCAGAACGUGGACAAAUUAGCAGAACGGCAACAGAGCAAGUACCUGGAUCUCUACACCAUCCUGCCCUCGGAAAUCUCCAUGCAGCUGGCCGAGGUCUCGCUAGCUUUGGGGGCCAUUGAGGAUCAGGUUCUAUCAAAAGAAAGAGACAUCCAAAAAACCAGAGACAUAAAAGAGGACUUUAGCUCCAGGAUCCAAGACGUCUCUGAGAAACUCAAAGCCAUCUCUGCUAAAUUCAAGGAAAAGUCUCCAGAGGUUGACCAAGCCAAAGAAGAAGUCAAGAGUCUAGCCAAGGACCUGGACAGCUGUGGCACCACACUCGCCGAGCUGGAUGCCAGCGUGCAGGAGUUCGGCCGCCGCAACCCUCUGCUGGCGAAGCAGCUUAGCGACGCCAUCGGCAAGCUGUCCGAGAUGCACCAUCACACCAGCCGGCUAGCCGACUGUCGGAACAACUGGCUCAAAAAGGCCGUUUGCUAUUUGGAUGAGUACCACGAGAUGAUGGACUUCAUUGUGAGAUGGUCAGAGAAAGCCAAGAGCCUGGUGAGGGCCAAUGUUAUCUGGAACUCGUCGGUUCACCUACAGGAGCAGAUACGGGUGUACCAGGCUGUCCUUCGAGAGUCCCGCGAGCUCCACGGAGACUUGGAAUCAAUGGCAGAGAAAGUGGAGCUUCUGUCGGAGGUUUUGCAGGUGGAGUCCAUGAGCCAGCAGGUGUGUGAGCUCAGUCGACACGGCGAGGAGCUUCAGCAAUGCAUGAAGACGCGGCUGCAGAGCUUGGAGGAUGCCGAGAAGAGUAUGGAAGCUCUGGAGUGUGAGGUGCAGGCCUUGCAUGUUGCUUUGGAGCAGGUCCAAGCCACGCUGACGUCACCGGAGCUGGCGCGCCAAAGCCUUAAAGAGCAGCUGUUUCAGAGACAGCGUUUGUUGUCAGACAUGGAGAGUUUCAAGCAGCAAGUGCAGACAGUGCAGCUGUGCCAGAGCACUCUGCAGGUCCCCGAAGAGGUGAUGCCCAACCUGGCCAUUUGCCGCACGGCUCUGCGGCUGCAGCAGGAUGCCAGCCACUUGCAGCACGUGGCCAUCCAGCAGUGCAACAUCCUCCAGGAGGCGGUGGUGCAGUACGAGCAGUAUGAACAGGAAGUCAGAGACCUCCAGGGGCUGAUAGAGGAAGCACAUCGUGUCAUCCAGGACCGCCCCAUCACCACAAGCAACAUCCAGGAGCUGCAGGCCCAGAUCCUUCACCAUGAAGAGCUGGCUCAGAAGAUUAAAGGCUACCAGGAGCAGAUGGCCUCACUCAACUCCAAAUGCAAGAUGCUGGCGGUGAAGGCCAAGCACGCUACCCUGUUGCUGACGGUGAGCGACGUGGAGGGGUUGCCUGAGCUCGAAGCGGAGAAGAUGGCGUCGGCACAGGCUGUAAUGAUGACGGCCGGCCGCUGCCACACCCUCCUGUCUCCUGUCACGGAGGAGUCUGGGGAGGAGGGCGCUAACAGCGAGGUGUCCUCGCCUCCUGUGUGUCGCUCUCCUUCGCCGGUCGCUCACAGUGAGGCCGCCAAGGCUGGAAGGGGUUCACUAAAAAGAGCUCCAGUCCAAGAACUGUACGACCCUACGUUUGAGUCUGUGGCCAACUUGGACGACUUGCAACGUUCAUGGGAGACGUUGAAGAACGUGAUCAGCGAGAAGCAGAGAUCCUUGUACGAAGCUCUGGAAAAGCAGCAGCACUACCAGGCCUCACUGCAGUCCAUCUCGGCCAAAAUGGAACACCUCGAGGCCAAACUCGGCGAGCCCUUUGAGGCUGAUAGGAGUCCUGAUAGCCACAUGAGGAGCCAUGAGGGUCUCAUCCAGGAGCUCCAGAGCGUGCAGGACGACAUUGACAAGCUCCAGACGAGCUUCAGCGACGAUCUGGCCGACGCCUCCGCCGACUCGGACAUGGCCGACCAGCUGGCCAUGCAGUCUUCUCUGUCUGUUCUGGCCGAGAGGAUGGCCACCAUCCACAUGAAGGCCUCCGGGAAGCAGCAGUUGCUGGAGGAGUGUGCCAGUGACCGCCUGGAGGGCCAACGCCAGGAACAGGCUCUGCAGCGUUAUCAAACCCAGGCAGAGGAGUUGGAUCGCUGGUUGGCUCUGACACGCAACGCCGCCGUUCCCAUUCUGGAAGAACGAGAUGGAGAGGAAAGCGACACGGAGUGGCGACUCAUGGAAUGUCAGAACAUGUUGCUGGACAUCGAGGAGAAAGUGCUGGCCCUCUCCGAGCUGUCCGUGCACAGCGAGAACCUGCUGCUGGAGGGCCGCGCCGAGACGCGGGCCGACGUGGAGCGGCUGGCCCGCAAGUUGCGGACGCUGAAGGGCGGCCUGCUGGAGCUGCAGAGGAUGCUGCAGGACAAGCGGAACAACAUGCAGGGUUCCCUUCAGGAGCAGGAGGACAGCGAGUCGGACUCCAGUCUCUCUCAAAGUCCCAGCGUCCAGGACUGGGUGGCGCAGGCCAGGACCACACGCUCCCAGCAGCACCAGGACAGUCUUCAGAGCCAAAGGGAACUGGAGGAGCAGCUUGCGGAGCAGAAGAAGCUUCUCCAGUCGGUGGCCAGCAGAGGAGAGGAGAUCCUCAUCCAGCAGGCCUCACCCGGCGCCACCAACGCAUCAGAACCAUUUUCAGCGGCGACUUUGGCCGAGAGGGAAGCCGACGGCGCACGCGAGCAGAUGAGGCAAAGGUGGGAGAGCCUCAGUCUGGAGCUCAAAACCAAACUGGACCUGAUGCAGAAAAACCUGGAGCAGGAACACAAGCCACCGGUUUAUUCUUGCGCGACUACGCUUUUAAAAGGAGAACAUCAAACCGACGCGUCAUCACUGACGCGUCUUUAUGACAGCUUCAGGAUGAGCGUGGACGUGAUGACGUCUCAGCCUGACGGCGGCGAGACCCAAGCGGCUCAGACGGAGCAGCACCUCUACACAGCCGUGUCGUCCACCUCCUCCUGGAUGGACGCUGUGGAGACCCACGUCUUCUCCGGUUCUCUCAUGCCGUGCAACAACGCGGAAGCUCGGCUGCAAAAGCAAGAGAUGUUGAAGGAGGAUCUUCGACGCGUGAAAGAGGAGGUGUCACUCAGCCAGGCGUCGCUCGCCGGGUCCAGCGAGUUGUUGAGGCAAGAGGAGCGGACUCUGCUCCAGGAUAAUCUGGACUGGCUGAAGGAGAGACUGGGGGCUCUGGACAGUGCACUGGGUCAAAGCUGUGACCACAUGAGGACCAGGACUCAGGAACUCUCAGCCUAUCAGACUGAAUUGCAGCUUCUCCAGACAUCGUUAAUGGAAACCAAGUGUCAGGUCCUGCAGGUGCUAGCAGCAGCCGUGGAGAGGCCGGCCUCGGAGCAGCUGCAGGUUAUCUCCAGCACCGAGGACAGCCUGAAAGAAUUUGAGCAGAAGAUCACGGAGCUGAAAAGCAGGGGAGCAUUGCUGCAAGUGGAUCAGAUCUCAGCAGACAAGAUACUAAAAGUUCAGGACGCGUACGAGGAGCUGGUGAUGACCGUGGUGUCCCGUCGCAGCGGGCUGAACCAGAACAUGGCUCUCAAGCAGCAGUACGAGCGCGCCCUGCAGGACCUCACCGAAAUGCUGGACACGGCCGGGGGCAAGAUGGCUGCCCGUCAGAGGAUCAUCGCCAGCUCGGUUGAGGAAGUCCAGAACCUCCUGGACAAACAUAAGGAGUUCUUUCAGGGUCUGGAGUCACACAUGAUUUUAACCGAGACCUACUACAGGAAAAUUAGCAGCUUGAUGCUUCCCAGAGAGAAACAAGUCCUGGAGGAGACGCUCAACCAGGCCCAGGGAGUCCUCAAGCAAGCUCACAGUAAAGGUGUGGAGAUUGAGGGCAUCCUGGAGGCGUGGCGCAGAUUGGCGCAGGAUUACCAAAGCCUGGAUCUCCAGAUGGAGGCCGUGGAGGAAAACAUUCCUGCGGUCGCCUUGGUGGAGGAGACGGAGGAGAAGCUGACGGAGCGCAUUUCGCUGUAUCUGGGUCUGAAGGGGAAGCUGAUGGAGCACCAACCCAAGCUCCAGCAGGUCCUGGGUGAAGGCAAACAUCUCCUGCAGUCGGUGUGCUGUCCCGCUCUGGAAAAUCAACUGUCAGUCCUGGGAGAACACUGGCUGGACAACACCGGCAAGGUCAACAAGGAGCUGCAGCGCCUGGAGGCCAUUCUCAAACAUUGGACCAGGUAUCAGAGGCAGUGUGGGGAGCUGAGCCGAUGGCUGCAAUCUGCUCUGGAGCGUCUGGAAUUCUGGAACACUCAGGCGGUCUUGGUUCCGCAGGAGCUGGAAACCAUCCGAGACCACCUUUCUGCUUUUCUGGACUUUUCCAAGGAAGCCGAGAGUAAAUCCAGCCUGAAGAGCUCGGUGGUGUCGGAGGGCAACCAGCUGCUGCGGCUGAAGAAGGCGGACACGGCGUCUCUGCGGUCCGACCUGGCUCGCAUCGACAAUCAGUGGAGCGAGCUCUUCACGCGCAUCCCGGUAGUGCAGGAGAAGCUGCAUCAGAUCCAAAUGGAGAAGCUGGCAUCCCGUCACGCCAUCUCGGAGCUCUUUAACUGGAUAUCGCUGAUGGAGAACGUCAUGGAAGAGGAUGAGGAGAACCUAAAGAGUGCGGUGGGAUCGCAUGUGAUUCAGGACUACUUGCAGAAAUACAAGGGCUUCAGAGUGGAUCUAACCUGCAAGCAGCUGACGGUGGACUUUGUCAACCAGUCUGUACUGCACCUGAGCGGCCACGAUGUGGAGACCAGGCGCAGUGAUAAGACAGACUUUGCGGAGCGCCUCGGAGUCAUGAACCGGCGCUGGCAGGUCCUGCAAGGCCGCAUCAACGAGCGGAUCCAGUUUCUGGAGACCCUGCUGCAGAUGUGGUUGGAGUACGAGAGCAACGUUCAAGCCCUGAAGACCUGGAUGGGAACCCAAGAGGAGCGAUUGAAGAGGAAGCACCGCAUAGAGGAUCUUGCGUCCGUCCAGAAUGCCCUCAAGGACUGCCGGGAGAUGGAGGAGCUGCUGAAGGACAAAGAGAAGGAACUGGAGCGAGUGGAGGAGCAGGGUUGUGCGCUGGUCCAGAACAAAACAGAUGAGGCUUGUGCUAUCGUCAUGGAGACGCUGCAGGGUGUCAAUCAUACCUGGGCCAACCUGGACCACCUUAUCGCUCAGUUGAAGAUCAGCCUGACGUCAGUGGUGGAUCAGUGGAGUCUUUACAAACGAGCCUCAGAGGAGAUUAAUGGCUACCUCAUGGAGGGAAGGUACUCCGUGUCUCGCUUCCGCCUCCUCACCGGCUCGUCGGAGGCUGUUCAGCAGCAGGCGCAAAGUCUACUGGUCUUGCAAGAGGAGCUGGAGAAGCAGGAGAGCAGCCUGAGAAGGUUUGCUGCCGUGACUCACCAGCUACUGAAAGAGUGUCACCCGUCCGUGUCGGAGUCCCUCAAUCAUGCCCUCAAGGAUACCAAUGCAAGGUGGACGGGCCUCCUGGAGGAGAUAGCGGAGCGUCUGAGGAGCAGCAAAGCUCUCCACCAGCUGUGGCAGCGCUACAAGGAGCUGCAUGAGCAGAGCGGCGACAGCAUCCAGCUGCUGGAGGAGAAAGCCGACCAGCUCCUCAAGACGGCCUGCGACAAGGACGUCGCUGACGAGCAAGUGUCCGCUUGGAUCCAAGACUGCGGCGAGGUUCUGCGCUCCCACGCGCCGGUGCAGGCCUCCCUGCAGGUUCUCCAAGAACUGGGACAUCAGCUGAAGCAGCAGGUGGACACCUCAGCAGCAGCCACCGUUCAGUCUGAUCAUCUGGCGCUUUCCCAGCGGCUAGCGGCUGUGGAACAAGCGCUGACCAGACAACUCAUCACCCUGCAGACCGGCGUACACGACUACGAAACCUUCAACCACCAGCUGGACUCCCUCGUGAGCUGGGUGGUUGAAGCCGAGGAGGCCCUGAAGGUGCAAGACCCCAACGGCUCCACCGACCUGACCCUCAUCAAGCAACGCAUGCAGGAGCUAAAAAGACUCAUGAUGAACUUCAGCAGCAUGGCCCCGGAGUUGGAACGACUCAAUGAGCUCGGUUACCGACUCCCGCUCAACGAUUCGGAGAUCAAAAGCAUGCAGAACCUGAACAGGAACUGGUCGGGGGCAUCGGCGCAGACCACAGAGAGAUUCAGCAAACUGCAGUCCUUCCUGCUUCAGCAGCAGACCUUCUUGGAGAAGUGCGAGACGUGGAUGGAGUUCUUGGUCCACACGGAGCAGAAUCUAGCGGUGGAAAUUUCUGGAAACUACCAGAGUUUGAUGGAGCAGCAGAAGGCCCACGAGUUAUUCCAGGCAGAGAUGUUCAGCCGCCAGCAGAUCCUCCACUCCAUCAUCAGUGAUGGACAAAGGAUGUUGGAGCAAGGUCAAGUGGAUGACAGGAAUGAGUUCCACCUGAAGCUGGCUCUGCUGAGUAACCAGUGGCAGGGAGUGGUGCGGCGUGCCCAGCAGAGGCGGGGCAUCAUCGACAGCCUCAUCCGCCAGUGGCAGCGCUACAGGGAGAUGGUGGAGAAGCUGCGCAAAUGGCUGCUGGAGAUCUCCCGGCCUGCAGAGGGCCUUCGGCUCGGCACCGCUGUUCCUUUACAGCAAGCCCGCUCCAUGCUGGACGCCGUCCAGCUGAAGGAGAAGGUGCUCCAGCGCCAGCAAGGCAGCUACAUUCUGACGGUGGAGGCUGGCAAACACCUCCUCCUGUCAGCAGACGCUCAGGCUGAGUUGGCCCUGCAGGCGGAGCUCACCGACAUCCAGGAGCGAUGGAAACACGCCAGCGCUUGUCUGGACGAGCAGAAGAAAGAACUCAGCACCUUGUUAAAGGACUGGGACAGAUGCGACAAAGGUAUCGGUGGGUCUCUGGAAAAGCUUCGUGCCUUCAAACGUCAGCUGUCGCAGCCUCUUCCCGAUCACCAUGACGACCUGCAGGCUGAGCAGAUGCGUUGCAAGGACCUGGAGGGAACCAUCGAUGGCUGGACGGGAGAUUUGUCCCACCUGACCGUUCUGAGGGAGUCGCUGUCGUGUUACAUCAGCGCCGAGGACCUUAGCGUGCUGCAGGAGCGCAUCGAGCUGCUGCAUCGCAUGUGGGACCAAAUCUGCCAGCAGCUGUCCCUGCGUGCGCAGCAGGUGAGCGACAAGCUGAACGAGUGGAGCGUCUUCAGCGACAAGUACAAGGAGCUGUGCGAGUGGCUCACCGCCAUGGAGAGCAAGGUGUCGCAAAACGGAGACAUCAGCAUCGAGGAGAUGAUCGAGCGGCUGCGCAAGGACUACCAGGAGGAGAUCUCUGUGGCCGAGGAGAAUAAGCUGCACCUCCACCAGCUGGGGGAGCGUCUGGCCCGAGCCAGCCACCCGGGAAAAGCUGCCGAAAUGGAACACAAGCUGAGUAAAGUCAACGAGCGCUGGCAGCACCUCCUGGAUCUCGUCCGCGCCCGGGUGAAGAAGCUGAGGGAAACUCUGGUGGCCGUGCAGCAGCUGGACAAGAACAUGAACAGCCUGCGUUCCUGGCUGGCCCACAUGGAGACGGAGCUGUCCCGACCCAUCGCCUACGACGCCUGUGACUUCCAAGACAUUCAGCGCAAACUGGACGAGCAGCAGGAGCUCCAGAGCGACAUCGAGAAGCACAGCACGGGAGUGGCGUCGGUACUCAGUCUGUGCGAGGUGCUCCUGCACGACUGCGACGCCUGUGCCACCGACGCCGAGUGCGACUCCAUCCAGCAGGCCACGCGUAGCCUGGACCGGCGCUGGAGGAGCAUCUGCGCCUCCUCUGUGGAGAGGCGACUCAAGAUCGAAGAAACGUGGCGUUUGUGGCAGAAAUUCCUGGAGGACUUUUCACGCUUUGGGGAGUGGCUCGCCACCUCGGAGACGACGGCUGCGCUUCCGAACUCCUCCGGUGUUUUGUACACCGUAGCCAAGGAGGAACUUAAGAAGUUUGAGUCCUUCCAGAGGCAGGUCCACGAAAGCCUCACCCAGCUGGAGCUAAUCAACAAGCAGUACCGCCGCCUGGCCAGAGAGAACCGCACCGACGCGUCCUGUCACCUGAAAGAGAUGGCGCACAGCGCCAACCAGCGAUGGGACAACCUGCAGAAGAGGGUGGCGUCCAUCCUGCGCAGGCUCAAGCACUUCAUCAGCCAGAGGGAGGAGUUUGAGACGGCGAGGGACGCCAUCCUGGUGUGGCUGACCGAGAUGGACCUGCAGCUCACCAACAUCGAGCACUUCUCCGAGUGCGACAUCCAGGCCAAGAUCAAGCAGCUGAGGUCGUUCCAGCAGGAGAUCUCGCUGACCACCGCCAAGAUCGAGAGCAUCUUCCACCAGGGAGAGGCCCUGAUCGAGAAGAGUGAGCCGCUGGAUGCAGCCGUCAUCGAGGAGGAGCUGGAGGAGCUUCAGCGCUACUGCCAGGAGGUGUUUGGUCGAGUGGAGCGCUACUACAAGAAGCUCAUUCGCCUCCCUCUGGCAGAGGAUGACACUGAAGUGUCGCUCUCGGAGCUGGAGCUGGACGAGCCCGGGGACUUGUCCUGGCCUGCCGUGGAGCGAGCGUAUGGGCGACGGCUUCCUGUCCCCUCUGCCGUCCUCGGGACGCUCGGCCUCUCUGGCGGCUCAGCUGAGGACCGAGUGCUCGGGCAGGGACACCCGGCCAGCGUGGACUCCAUCCCCCUGGAGUGGGAUCACGACUACGACCUGAGCCGCGGGCUGGAGAGCGCCAGCAGGGCCCUCAGAGAGCAGCAGAGCGAGGAGGCGGACUUCCUUCCCCGGCUCUGCCUCUGCCUUGUCAGGUCAAUCAAACUUUUACCAUCUUUACUAGCAUCGCUUCGCUCACAACGUCACAGUAAAAAAUACAUAUUAGCACAAUAUUGACUUAUUAUCUGCCUCUGCAUGCGCUUUAAAGCGUCGCUUGCCGCUACUCUUAUUAUUACGCUAUUGGUGCUGGCUCAGCAGUCUGCUCCUUACCGCUGUUACAGCAUUGGUCAAGUCAGGGGUGUGCAAAAUGCGGACUGGGGCUGUUUUUUAUUGGCUACAAUUUCGCUAGAAAACAACAAAACAACAAUAGCGCUAAUGGAAAAAUGAGCAGUGAUUUUACAUUCCCAGUAAAAAGUUGUAUUCUAAUGAGAAAAUUGCUAAUUUUAUUAGAAUAAAGUCAUAAUGCUACAAACAAAAUUUAUAUCAUGAGCCCAACCCUGAAAUAUGAAACAAAAAUAUGUUUUUUUAAGUCAUAAUAUUUUGCGAAACAAACAAAAAUGUGCCCUGUGAUUGGCUGGCCACCAGUCCAGGGUGUACCCCGCCUCUCGCCCAAAGACAGCUGGGAUAGGCUCCAGCACCCCCUCGACCCUCGUGAGGAAAAAGCGGUAGAAAAUGAAUGAAACAAAAAUGUACUUUUUCUAAUUUGGGGAAAAUGAGGUUGGGUAAAAAAAGUUAUAUGACGGGAAUAAAUGGACAAAAACAAAGGAACAAUAUAUUCUCCCUCCGAGAAUAUACCAUCAAAGGUUCUCCCAAUUGGCAACGACCGAGUAUGAAUGCUGGUGGAUCACAAGCACAAUGCCGGGAUUAGCCUGCUGCUGUUUUUAAUGUGGCUUGUGAUGAGCAGUCCAGUGGGCCCUGCGCAUUUAAAGACAAUAAGAGGCGUUCAUUUCAUUGGUUAAGAUUACACUUGGCUGUGUUAAAUCCUCUCACGCCUUCUGCCCUACCUCUCGAAAAUGCUAAUUGUAACUUUAUUAGAUUUAAUCAAAGUUAUAAAAAAGUUGACGGGAAUAAAUGGACAAAAACAAAGGAACAAUAUAUUCUCCCUCCGAGAAUAUACCAUCAAAGGUUCUCCCAAUUGGCAACGACCGAGUAUGAAUGCUGGUGGAUCACAAGCACAAUGCCGGGAUUAGCCUGCUGCUGUGUUUAAUGUGGCUUGUGAUGAGCAGUCCAGUGGGCCCUGUGCAUUUAAAGACAAUGAGAAGCGUUCAUUUCAUUGGUUAAGAUUACACUUGGCUGUGUUAAAUCCUCUCGCGCCUUCUGCCCUACCUCUGGAAAAUGCUAAUUGUAACUGUAUUAGAUUUAAUCAAAGUUAUAAAAAAGUUAUAUGACGGGAAUAAAUGGACAAAAACAAAGGAACAAUAUAUUCUCCCUCCGAGAAUAUACCAUCAAAGGUUCUCCCAAUUCCAAUCCCAACGACCGAGCAUGAAUGCUGGUGGAUCAUAAACACAAUGCCGGAAUUAGCCUGCUGCUGUUUUUAAUGUGGCUUGUGAUGAGCAGUCCAGUGGGCCCUGCGCAUUUAAAGACAAUAAGAAGCGUUCAUUUCAUUGGUUAAGAUUACACUUGGCUGUGUUAAAUCCUCUCACUCCUUCUGCCCUACCUCUGGAAAAUGCUAAUUGUAACUGUAUUAGAUUUAAUCAAAGUUAUAAAAAAGUUAUAUGACAGGAAUAAAUGGACAAAAACAAAGGAACAAUAUAUUCUCCCUCCGAGAAUAUACCAUCAAAGGUCCUCCCAAUUCCAAUCCCAACGACCGAGCAUGAAUGCUGGUGGAUCACAAGCACAAUGCCGGGAUUAGCCUGCUGCUGUUUUUAAUGUGGCUUGUGAUGACCAUUCCAGUGGGCCCUGCGCAUUUAAAGACAAUAAGAAGCGUUCAUUUCAUUGGUUAAGAUUACAUUUGGCUGUGUUAAAUCCUCUGACGCCUUCUGCCCUACCUCUCGAAAAUGCUAAUUGUAACUGUAUUAGAUUUAAUCAAAGUUAUAAAAAAGUUAUAUGACGGGAAUAAAUGGACAAAAACGAAGGAACAAUAUAUUCUCCCUCCGAGAAUAUACCAUCAAAGGUUCUCCCAAUUGGCAACGACUGAGCAUGAAUGCUGGUGGAUCACAAGCACAAUGCCGGGAUUAGCCUGCUGCUGUUUUUAAUGUGGCUUGUGAUGAGCAGUCCAGUGGGCCCUGUGCAUUUAAAGACAAUAAGAAGCGUUCAUUUCAUUGGUUAAGAUUACAUUUGGCUGUGUUAAAUCCUCUCACACCUUCUGCCCUAUCUCUGGAAAAUGCUAAUUGUAACUGUAUUAGAUUUAAUCAAAGUUAUAAAAAAGUUAUAUGUCGGGAAUAAAUGGACAAAAACAAAGGAACAAUAUAUUCUCCCUCCGAGAAUAUACCAUCAAAGGUUCUCCCAAUUGGCAACGACCGAGUAUGAAUGCUGGUGGAUCACAAGCACAAUGCCGGGAUUAGCCUGCUGCUGUGUUUAAUGUGGCUUGUGAUGAGCAGUCCAGUGGGCCCUGCGCAUUUAAAGACAAUAAGAGGUGUUCAUUUCAUUGGUUAAGAUUACACUUGGCUGUGUUAAAUCCUCUCGCUCCUUCUGCCCUACCUCUGGAAAAUGCUAAUUGUAACUAUUAGAUUUAAUCAAAGUUAUAAAAAAGUUAUAUGACGGGAAUAAAUGGACAAAAACUCAUGGCUCAUCUCCGUGGCUGUGUGCUUGCACGCCCCUCCCUCCCUCCCUCCCUCCCUCCCUCCGAGAAUAUACCAUCAAAGGUUCUCCCAAUUGGCAACGACCAAGUAUGAAUGCUGGUGGAUCAUAAACACAAUGCCGGGAUUAGCCUGCUGCUGUGUUUAAUGUGGCUUGUGAUGAGCAGUCCAGUGGGCCCUGAGAAGCGUUCAUUUCAUUGGUUAAGAUUACACUUGGCUGUGUUAAAUCCUCUCACUCCUUCUGCCCUACCUCUCGAAAAUGCUAAUUGUAACUGUAUGAGAUUUAAUGAAUAAAUCAAGUAACAUGAAAUGAAAAACAACAACAAUAAUAAUAUGCACUGGCUUCCUGUGAACAUCCAGGUCGUUGAAUCGCCGGGGCCCUGAAUGGACGCAGCUGGACCGUUGUGGUUGUCUUAGAAAACGUCGGGCCUCCCAUGCUAACGUCACGUCAUCUACAUCUAGUCUGACUUGCUAUGUGAAGCCAAACGUCUACUAAGACAACCCGAACGGUCCAGUCGGGA